GGUGAAAGCUCCGACAGUGAGAUUGAAGCUCUACGUGGAAGAGUUUUUCGACGAGAUUUACCACACAGCGGAAAUAUGUUGCGGCGACGAGCAAAAAAAGAAACGUAAGGAAGACGAAAGAUCGCUGGAGCGGGACAGGAGGGGUAGGGCGAAUUUUUUAGAAACCGGACGUCUUGUGGCUUCGCGGGACAGGGGUAGGGCGGAUUUUUUAGAAACCGGACGUCUUGUGGCUUCGUGUGAACUUGCGAAUGCGUUUGAGAACGAAGACUGGACGCGGACAAAAGUAUCGCUGUCUCACCUUUUGAUGUGCAAGAUCAUCCUUAUUUAUGGAAGCAACUACCUAGAGUUUUCCAGCUGAUGAGUAAAAACUUUGAUGUAAAAAUGCUUCUUUUAGAGGACUUAAUCACAUGGUCAUGGACAAUAUGAUCCAGAAGAAGCCGCUUCAGAAGAUUUUUACGUCUAAGUGAAGCAGCCACAAUCGCAGCCAGUCGACGUCUUGAGGGCGCUUGUCAUGGUUCACUGGCAGAUGCAGGUAAAUUUGCAGGGGCUAGAUGCAAAGCAUGCUGACGCGCUAUGCUUGUUCCAGUUCCUGCGCGGGGUUUUCACUUUGCUGCCUCGGAUUGUGACCCUAGUUGAAGCCUCGGUGAAGGCACUUAUUAUGGCAUGCUGACUCUUACCACAAUUUGAGACAUUUGCUAAGUAUCUACUACGCGGCAUAAGAGAUGAAAAAGUCAUGCACAGCUAUUUAAGUAACUUAAAUUAUUUUCAUGAUUAACUUUCACCAUUUUCAAAGUUGAGCAUUCAUUGACAGCGAAAGUGGGGAGAGUGGACACGAACUGACUGAAGAUACUAGUACUAUGCAGAAGGAGCACGACGAUGCAAGGGUGGUAUAUUCUCCUGCUUUAGCGCCUUCUAGUGUAGCUGCCUCCUCCACCACCCCUGGUUCUGGAGGUGAAAAGAAGGAUAGCUUUCUGGUAGAAAUCACUUCCGGCUUCACGAAGCAUCAAGUGGACAAAGCAUUACCGGAGUUAGGAUUGCGAGUCUUGUGUGGUGUCGUAUGCUGCGUCCUCGGUUAUGUCUACCAUCCCAGUCGGAUCGGUUAUGUCCGCCAUCCCAGGCUGCACUUGGGCGGUCGUCGCUACCGGCAAGGCGUAUUGGGCGACGCCUUUAUUUCUGCUUGUAAUGGUAUCGUGAGUGCGUCACGUGUGAAAAAUCUAGAUGGGCUUUUAAGUAGUGACGUUCUUUUUAGACCACGUUUAUUUGGCACAGAGCAAGAAGAUGGCGGCUUACUUUCACGACCUUUUUCACUUCUAGUGGCAACCUUUCGGAGAGUGAUUAUUUAUUGCACGGCUUGGGACUGGGCUGAAGCGUACGAGGACCUGAGUCGGUAUGUGCGUCCGAGGAGCCAGUCUAAAAAAUUUGAAAAAAGUUUUUGGAGGAAAGAUUCCUCCAACGGAAGGCCGUUAGAUGAACUAUUGCCAGGGCAUUAUCAUUACGGUCACCUUUCGCUCGUUUAGAACCCAUACCCAUCUGUCGGAGCUUCUAAGGCACUGCUUGGAGACGGUUACUUUGUUAAGACAAAGAUUAGCGUGGUGGAAACGGUUCUUUCCGCUUGGGAGCGGUUGGCAGGUUCUUCAGGAUGGGCUCUGGGUUCCAAAAGAGAUUGUGGGCCUUUCUAAUAUUGACGCUUCUUUUUGAUGGACCACGUCGAUAGCCUUACCACUCCAUUUGAGUAUGACACAGGCAAGGGCUUGCUGUAUCGCGAUAUUUUGCCUGGUGUGGAUGCGAAAGGACUCCAUCACGAUGUCCUUGCUGCUAUUCUGAAGAUCUUGGGCGGAGCAAGUUGGACGAGAACAGAGGAGGAGAGCCGGCAAGUGCUUUCGUUUUUUGUUGAAGUUUUGCAUGCGUACAAUGUAUGGCUACAAAGAAACCUUGGUCCCUCACAAAGAAGUUCUGACCUACUGUCGUGGUGCCGCUUGGGGUACCUCUGAUAAGUAAUGAUGAAACCACGACAGGACUAGAUUCAGACGCGACAGAAGAUCAAGGAAUUUUUUUUUACCAUUCUCUUUUUCAUACAAUUUUGAACCGGUGACAUUUGAAUCGUCGUGGCUCCCAAGAAAUAUGUCUCGUCGAGAUGUGGGAGCAGGGCUAGCGGUGUCUUCCGUGACGUGUGCCCUCUUGGGCGAAAUAAUGCGUGCUUUAGGACCUCAUUGCCUCCUGGACGAAAGAGGGCAAGGACUACUUGAAAAAGAAGAGGAAGGGCAACAAGACGAAGAAGAAAUGAUCGCCAAUGAAGAGGACAAGAUCACAUUAAACGAAGAGCCUUUACUCCAUAAGCCUACCUCAGUUGAUCGCGCGACACAGGACGAAGGAAAAGUAGACGAAAAUGCCGCAAAAUUUCUACGGAGCAAACUAUGCCGAGAAGAGGCGUCCAUCAGAGCCCUGCUGCACAUCAUACAUGAUUGUGAAACCGUUUCUAACAGUGCUACAACAAGCGGGAGAGACCAAAAAGCUUUGGCUUGCGCUCGAACCUGCCAGCAGCGCGCGAGCGUUAUUUUGCGUCAUGUUCUUUGCUUUGGAGGAGAAGAAAAGGGCGAAGGGGGUGGAGGAAGUGACCGAGCGCUAGCGUGGAAGUGCCUGGUGAAGGUUUGCGUACGCGACGGGGCUUUCUUUUGUAUUAACAGUGUGCGGCGCGCUUUUAGGAAGUUUUUUUGGAGUCGGUACUGCAUUCCCUACGUGACAGGGCUCAUUGGCAUACUCGUCGUUUUCGUCAUCUUGGCCUUCUUUUUGCCUCUUGGGUUUACUUUUGUCUUCUUCGGUGAGCUUUUUGGGUUCGGUUCGGAGGAGGGUACAGUGAGCCUCAGUCGUGCCACCACCUUCAUCCGAGACAUCCCGAUCGCCUGGAGGAGAUGCACCGGGGACCUGUGGCACAGCUACAAAUUACGAGCUUCGACAUCACAUCCUUCACUGACAUGCUUGACCUCGGUCCAAGUGCUGCAAAAUCGGUCAAGAAUGUUGUGAAGAGUGUAAUGCUGUAACCUUUAAACAGAGAGACUUACCCUUACGAUAUUAAUUGUUGGCGCGGCUUCUAUAGAGCCCGCACACCCAUUCUGGGUUAUGAGGCGGUCGUCAGCAUCGAAGGCGAGGAUUGGCCAGGAAGCGGGCGCUUUGUCGCAGGAACCUUUUUUCGAUUGUGGCGGACGUGGAAAUCCAGUCAAAAAUUCGAAAAAAAUUCGGACACUCCACCUUGUCCUCCUCUGGUAUACAUCAUUUCAAACAGCAUAUCCAUUUCGUCGUUUGCCACUCCCACCGCGCUUCUGGCUCUACUACUGGGGCCGCUGUGCCUCUACGUGACGCAGUUUUCAUUUUUCGAAAAUAUUGUAGUGCUACUAGUGUGGUCUUGCUUUAAGCAGUGCUCUCAUAGAUUUUUCUGACGAAGAAUUCAUCGAUGCGUUAGACGUCAUCCAUGUGCUCGCGGUACCCGACAAGAUCUUUCAAUAUCUACUUCUUGGGAGGAGGAAGGGAAAGAAGUAGACCUAGCCGAUCCCCUUCGUGCUGAAGGUGGUGAUGCUGCUGCUUUGUUGGACCAAGCAGAUAAUCGACAACAGUCUUCAUCCCAUUGGCGUGACGGGGAAGGUGGAAGACAACGAGGAAAAAAGGCCACUUCUUCUAGGGAUGAUGCUGAUGCUGAUCUCUCGUCUACUAGUUCCUCAAAAGAGCGAUCUUCUAAGGAAAGACGUAAGAGUGGCAAUAGUACGUCGUCUAAAGGUGGUGGGACGGGGACCAAUUCCUCCUCAACAUCCAAGGAAAAAGCGAAUAGUACUGAGGACACUCCUGGUCAUGUUCAUGACGUUGGGGACACGAAAAAAGUGUUAAGGCUCAAAAAUACAAUUCAUUUCUACAACAACUCACUUUUCUCUGUUUUCUUCCUGAAAUCGUGAGAAAAUGAACCCGAGAAAUGAAUUGCUUGGGCUCUAAGAGUGCGUCAGAUUCACCGCGUGCACCGUGCGAACAGCAUCGAUUUGGUGAACUAUUACUUGCACAAUGUCGGUGAUUUGCAUACUACGAAUCUAGGAGGAGGAAGUGGGGCGUCUGGCUUGCCACCGAAAGGGUCACUCUUAACUGGUGACCGACCGUCCUUUGAAGAAGAAGAUGGCAUGAACAUUCUUGGAAGAAACAACCACUAUAUCAUGAAUGCAGCUCUUCCUUCAAAGAAUCAAGCACCAUACGCUGGAAUGCAGCAAGAACGGGCGCUACAGAGGAUGAUGGAGCACAUGCUAGGAGGCUUUCGAGAGCAGAUAGUAGCGGAUGUGCAACGAGUGAUGGCAGAAAAUCGUGCGGAAUAAUUAAAUACAUUUUACAGUAAGCAGCAAAGAAACAACACGCACACUGGAACAACAAGACUAAUUCUCGUCGCAGCAUGGUACUCAAAAUUUGAAAUUUAGACGAAGGUACAUGCCAGAGACAUUAUGAUUCGAAGUAUUUGAUUCAGUAUUCCUUGACCACUUUUUGAUUUAAAUUACUAGGAUAUAAUCUCAAUCUCUUAAGAAAGAAAUGACAUAAACUCGCGUGAUACAACGAACACAUCAAUGAACAUGGAUUGAAGAAUCUGGACGCUAUUCUUUCACAACGACACGCGAUAGCUUCUCUCUUGUGCAUGAUAUGAUUCAGCGAUUAGAAACGAAGUACUCUAUUUAAAGUACAUUAACAUAACAGCAAGCAAACCAGAAAGCACAAACUGAAUCACAGGCUUCGCCUUUCCGUAUCAAGUCAACUGCGUAUCUGCAUAGAUAGUAUAGACAAGUCACAGUGUCAAAAGAAGUAUCUGCAUAGUAAGUUUUCAAAGUGAGAAUGACGUAAAAAAGUAAGAGGAACAAAUACACUUGUGAAGAACUAAGCACACCUAUUUGUGCAGCGAUAUUCUUACGACGAAAAAUGCACCCCUGGCACACUCCGAUUCAAAAUUUCCCAGAGCUGAAAACACAAGUUACCAUACAAGCAGCCACAGUGCAGUAAUAGCCAAAAUGCAGUUCGAGAAAGUGAGCUGCAAAGUACUUUGACAUAUGAUCUAUCAUGCAUACAUGCUAAUGUUUCGUUUAGAAGUAGAAAAUACUAAUGCACUGGUAUCAUAGUCGAACAAGAUGAUCCCAAUAUGAGCCUUCUCUUCCUCGUAGCAAAUAACAUGUAACUGUGACAGUAUUUUUACCAAGCCAUGAUAAUAACAUUUUUGAGUAGGUUAUCAAGACGAGUUAUUUGCCACAAACAGUCAACGUGCUGCCGAGCGCUGGGCCCUUCGAUGUGUUUUGAGAGCGCCGAGUUACGACGGGCAAAAGAGUACUACGAGUAGGAACGAAAAUUUCAACGAACAAUGUCAUUGUGCGUUAUGUAGUUCAACGAUGAAUGUCAUUGCGCGUCAUAUUGAGCGUGAGUUAAUGUCAUUGCGCGUUACAAUUGAACUUGAGUGAUGCUGCUAUCUGUUGAGGUGAGCGAUGCUGCCAUCUGUUGAGGUGACUGAUUGACGCUGUCUGGAACCUGUUGUGUGGUGAUGUGAAGCUCUCAAUUGAAGGCUUCUUGGAGUUGAAUUCUCCACGAGAGUUUCAUCGGAGUGUCUCUCUAUCUGUGCGUGUUAUUUUCGCCCCAUGUACUAAUGAAUUUCCAGUGCCCUAGGGCCCUUUUGAUAUAAUGAAGAUCGCCCGGAACACCUUACCUCAUGCGUAGAAAAGGAGCAUAAGUAAUCCCUUUGAUAUAUCAAUAGUUACUUUUAUGAUAUCUGCUAGAGAACAUGUACAAGUACAGUAAUCGGAAAUCAUUGAAUCGCUUCCAUAUCCUAUCAUCCCCGCUUUCUAGGUAGUUGUUCAAGAAAUUGACAUUCUACUUGUUUUUGGUGAAUCGAAGACACGACAGCAACAGCUUAAAUCUGCUUGACAUUCUGCUUGUUUUUGUUGAAUCGAAGACACGACAGCAACAGUUUUCCUAUUUCUGGCUUUCUGAAUUGGGAAAAGCAUGUCAUUGAUCUACUGCUGACUACAACUCUACUUGUAGCUCAAAAUGAAAAACUAGCAUCUACUGAUAUUUUUACUUCCAUCCAAUGCUAAUGCGAGAUUUGUUUUUAGGAUAAUAAAUUCCAAAAUGUUGAGUUCGACUCCAUCAAGUCCCCCACAAUCAGACUGCUCCCGUGGGAAACCACCGAGAGUGCGGGUUGAUGUGUACAUGCUUUCCGGGGAGUGCAAGAGUUUUGAGGUGGAAGGUAAAGUCUCUACGAAAGCAGGGUCGUCAUGGUUCUUCGUCACGUCACUUGACGAUCUAAAGGGACGGAUCGAAGAAGCGACGUGGGUGCACCGCGAGCAGCAACUGAUUCUUGAUAUAUGGAUGAGAAGUCUGUUCUUUCUUGUUUUUCGUAUCCUAAUGUUUUUAACGCAGGUGGAUUAACAUUUUAUUUUGCGCUGGAGGAUUAACAUUUUAUUUUGCGCUCAUUCCCCCAUUCUUUUUAAUGCAGUCUCAGUCCUCUGUCAUCAGUUUGAAUGUUGUGAGCCUUCGACUUUUCACUAUACGCUUAUUUUUUCUCUGCAGAAAGAAAGUGGUGGAGAAAAAAUACUUAUACUUAUAGAAAACAACUAGAACAUCUUCGUUCAUAGACGGACGCAGGGGAGCCAGUCGAUUGUGACGAGUCAGUAAGGCGUUUGUUUAACGAAGAAACAACUACAGAUGCCCCGCCAAGCUCGUCCGUUCUUUCGCUACCGUCUUCCGAUACGGGCAGUUCUUCGUCGUACUGGCCUCCGGAAAUUAGAAAAGGUGUCGAGCUGACGUUGUGCGUUACUACCAGAAAUUCGAAAGAAGGUGAAGGACGUACAAAACGUGGUCGCAGAAGGUUGUCUGGUAGAAGGUUUAGGCUUUGUGAAAUGUUGUUAGAAAACCAGGACUUCUUCAACACGAAGAUAAUGGAUGAGGUGAAAGCUCCGACAGUGAGAUUGAAGCUCUACGUGGAAGAGUUUUUCGACGAGAUUUACCACACAGCGGAAAUAUGUUGCGGCGACGAGCAAAAAAAGAAACGUAAGGAAGACGAAAGAUCGCUGGAGCGGGACAGGAGGGGUAGGGCGAAUUUUUUAGAAACCGGACGUCUUGUGGCUUCGCGGGACAGGGGUAGGGCGGAUUUUUUAGAAACCGGACGUCUUGUGGCUUCGUGUGAACUUGCGAAUGCGUUUGAGAACGAAGACUGGACGCGGACAAAAGUAUCGCUGUCUCACCUUUUGAUGUGCAAGAUCAUCCUUAUUUAUGGAAGCAACUACCUAGAGUUUUCCAGCUGAUGAGUAAAAACUUUGAUGUAAAAAUGCUUCUUUUAGAGGACUUAAUCACAUGGUCAUGGACAAUAUGAUCCAGAAGAAGCCGCUUCAGAAGAUUUUUACGUCUAAGUGAAGCAGCCACAAUCGCAGCCAGUCGACGUCUUGAGGGCGCUUGUCAUGGUUCACUGGCAGAUGCAGGUAAAUUUGCAGGGGCUAGAUGCAAAGCAUGCUGACGCGCUAUGCUUGUUCCAGUUCCUGCGCGGGGUUUUCACUUUGCUGCCUCGGAUUGUGACCCUAGUUGAAGCCUCGGUGAAGGCACUUAUUAUGGCAUGCUGACUCUUACCACAAUUUGAGACAUUUGCUAAGUAUCUACUACGCGGCAUAAGAGAUGAAAAAGUCAUGCACAGCUAUUUAAGUAACUUAAAUUAUUUUCAUGAUUAACUUUCACCAUUUUCAAAGUUGAGCAUUCAUUGACAGCGAAAGUGGGGAGAGUGGACACGAACUGACUGAAGAUACUAGUACUAUGCAGAAGGAGCACGACGAUGCAAGGGUGGUAUAUUCUCCUGCUUUAGCGCCUUCUAGUGUAGCUGCCUCCCUCACCACCCCUGGUUCUGGAGGUGAAAAGAAGGAUAGCUUUCUGGUAGAAAUCACUUCCGGCUUCACGAAGCAUCAAGUGGACAAAGCAUUACCGGAGUUAGGAUUGCGAGUCUUGUGUGGUGUCGUAUGCUGCGUCCUCGGUUAUGUCCACCAUCCCAGUCGGAUCGGUUAUGUCCGCCAUCCCAGGCGGCACUUGGGCGGUCGUCGCUACCGGCAAGGCGUAUUGGGCGACGCCUUUAUUUCUGCUUGUAAUGGUAUCGUGAGUGCGUCACGUGUGAAAAAUCUAGAUGGGCUUUUAAGUAGUGACGUUCUUUUUAGACCACGUUUAUUUGGCACAGAGCAAGAAGAUGGCGGCUUACUUUCACGACCUUUUUCACUUCUAGUGGCAACCUUUCGGAGAGUGAUUAUUUAUUGCACGGCUUGGGACUGGGCUGAAGCGUACGAGGACCUGAGUCGGUAUGUGCGUCCGAGGAGCCAGUCUAAAAAAUUUGAAAAAAGUUUUUGGAGGAAAGAUUCCUCCAACGGAAGGCCGUUAGAUGAACUAUUGCCAGGGCAUUAUCAUUACGGUCACCUUUCGCUCGUUUAGAACCCAUACCCAUCUGUCGGAGCUUCUAAGGCACUGCUUGGAGACGGUUACUUUGUUAAGACAAAGAUUAGCGUGGUGGAAACGGUUCUUUCCGCUUGGGAGCGGUUGGCAGGUUCUACAGGAUGGGCUCUGGGUUCCAAAAGAGAUUGUGGGCCUUUCUAAUAUUGACGCUUCUUUUUGAUGGACCACGUCGAUAGCCUUACCACUCCAUUUGAGUAUGACACAGGCAAGGGCUUGCUGUAUCGCGAUAUUUUGCCUGGUGUGGAUGCGAAAGGACUCCAUCACGAUGUCCUUGCUGCUAUUCUGAAGAUCUUGGGCGGAGCAAGUUGGACGAGAACAGAGGAGGAGAGCCGGCAAGUGCUUUCGUUUUUUGUUGAAGUUUUGCAUGCGUACAAUGUAUGGCUACAAAGAAACCUUGGUCCCUCACAAAGAAGUUCUGACCUACUGUCGUGGUGCCGCUUGGGGUACCUCUGAUAAGUAAUGAUGAAACCACGACAGGACUAGAUUCAGACGCGACAGAAGAUCAAGGAAUUUUUUUUUACCAUUCUCUUUUUCAUACAAUUUUGAACCGGUGACAUUUGAAUCGUCGUGGCUCCCAAGAAAUAUGUCUCGUCGAGAUGUGGGAGCAGGGCUAGCGGUGUCUUCCGUGACGUGUGCCCUCUUGGGCGAAAUAAUGCGUGCUUUAGGACCUCAUUGCCUCCUGGACGAAAGAGGGCAAGGACUACUUGAAAAAGAAGAGGAAGGGCAACAAGACGAAGAAGAAAUGAUCGCCAAUGAAGAGGACAAGAUCACAUUAAACGAAGAGCCUUUACUCCAUAAGCCUACCUCAGUUGAUCGCGCGACACAGGACGAAGGAAAAGUAGACGAAAAUGCCGCAAAAUUUCUACGGAGCAAACUAUGCCGAGAAGAGGCGUCCAUCAGAGCCCUGCUGCACAUCAUACAUGAUUGUGAAACCGUUUCUAACAGUGCUACAACAAGCGGGAGAGACCAAAAAGCUUUGGCUUGCGCUCGAACCUGCCAGCAGCGCGCGAGCGUUAUUUUGCGUCAUGUUCUUUGCUUUGGAGGAGAAGAAAAGGGCGAAGGGGGUGGAGGAAGUGACCGAGCGCUAGCGUGGAAGUGCCUGGUGAAGGUUUGCGUACGCGACGGGGCUUUCUUUUGUAUUAACAGUGUGCGGCGCGCUUUUAGGAAGUUUUUUUGGAGUCGGUACUGCAUUCCCUACGUGACAGGGCUCAUUGGCAUACUCGUCGUUUUCGUCAUCUUGGCCUUCUUUUUGCCUCUUGGGUUUACUUUUGUCUUCUUCGGUGAGCUUUUUGGGUUCGGUUCGGAGGAGGGUACAGUGAGCCUCAGUCGUGCCACCACCUUCAUCCGAGACAUCCCGAUCGCCUGGAGGAGAUGCACCGGGGACCUGUGGCACAGCUACAAAUUACGAGCUUCGACAUCACAUCCUUCACUGACAUGCUUGACCUCGGUCCAAGUGCUGCAAAAUCGGUCAAGAAUGUUGUGAAGAGUGUAAUGCUGUAACCUUUAAACAGAGAGACUUACCCUUACGAUAUUAAUUGUUGGCGCGGCUUCUAUAGAGCCCGCACACCCAUUCUGGGUUAUGAGGCGGUCGUCAGCAUCGAAGGCGAGGAUUGGCCAGGAAGCGGGCGCUUUGUCGCAGGAACCUUUUUUCGAUUGUGGCGGACGUGGAAAUCCAGUCAAAAAUUCGAAAAAAAUUCGGACACUCCACCUUGUCCUCCUCUGGUAUACAUCAUUUCAAACAGCAUAUCCAUUUCGUCGUUUGCCACUCCCACCGCGCUUCUGGCUCUACUACUGGGGCCGCUGUGCCUCUACGUGACGCAGUUUUCAUUUUUCGAAAAUAUUGUAGUGCUACUAGUGUGGUCUUGCUUUAAGCAGUGCUCUCAUAGAUUUUUCUGA